GUCCUUAUCGAGGGGCGCAGCACUCGGGGCGCCCAAGAACGGCCCAUCAGGGGCUGCGGACCCCCCCGCCGGCGGGAUGAAAGCCGAAGCCUCCCGGGGUGAGAGCCGCUGCUUCCUCCCGCCGUCGGUCCAGAGCCGGUUGCGCGUCCUGAGCGCGCUGCCCAGCGCGGCGAGUGCUCCGCAGCCCAGCGAGAGUUAACGGCGGAGCCGCCUCUCCAUUGGCGGCCGGCGGAGCGGCUGCGGUGCCCGCGUUUAUAACCGGCGCCGCUCAGCCGGUACCGCGGCUCGGCUCCAUGCCGCGGCGGCCGGUAUGCCCAGCCUGCUGCCGCCCUUCCUCGCCCUGCUCUGCUUCGGGGCGCCGGCGGCCGCCCUGAGGGCCGUGGGGCCAACGCCUCCCGCUUCACCUCGGCGGGCCGAGGCCCGCACCCAAGCGGCGGCGGCGGCGGAGGACGAGCCGUGGUGCCCUUACAAGGUGGUGGCCGAAGGCUCGGCGGGCGGGCGGCUUUGCUUCCGUACUCCAGCCCGCGGCUUCCAGUGCUCGGCCCGGGCCUGCCGCGCCCACCGCUCCCCGGGCGGCGCCUUGGUGGCCAACGUGCUGCGCAACGGCAGCGUGCUGCUGCAGUGGGCGCCGCCGCGCCCCGCCGCCGGCCUCCGCGGCUUCGCCCUCAACUGCUCCUGGGACGGGACCUACACGCGUUUCCCCUGCGACAGCGUGGAGCUGGGCGCCGCCUGCCGCGAUUACCUGCUGCCCGAGGCGCACGGCAGCGUCCGCUACCGCCUCUGCCUGCAGCCCCGCGUCGCGCCGCCGCGCCCCGCGCCCCCCGCGCACUGCGUGGAGUUCCGCGUGGAGCCGGCAGCCAUGCGGGACAUCGUGGUCGCCAUGACGGCUGUGGGGGGCACUAUCUGCGUCAUGCUCGUCUUCAUCUGUCUCCUGGUGGCCUACAUCACCGAGAACCUCAUGAGUCCGGCCGCUGGUGCCCCGCGCCGCGCCUAACCCGGGGGGAGCGGGAACGGAGCGGGGUCGGGCCGACAGCGCCGGGCGCGGAGGACGCUCCGGAGGCGACCCCCGGGGUGCGGUGGCUCUCCCGGUUCUCUGGCUAGAGCGCUUCUUGCAGCGAGCCCGGCGUCGGCUUCUCGGGGCUUCCAGGGGAGGGGGAGAGAGGUUCAGCCAAGCUCUGCUGGCAGCGGUUGCGCCCAGGGCGUUGUUUGAAGCGUUGGGUGGCUUGGCUUCGCCUUGCCCAAACUUAGAGGAUUUGGGGGUUCCCUCGGUAUGUGGAGCUCUUCUUCCUCCUAGGGCAGCUUUUCCUGAGCCCUCCGUGGUCACUGAACUCUUGGGAUCUCAGUGGAUUAAAAGUGAAUCGUGGCAAAGGUCCACAAGUGCCAGAAAAAAAAUGUCAGUUCUUUAAAGCAAACAGCAGCUCUUGCAGAAGACUCUCCAGAACACCCUCGUUUUAAGCCUAUGCCUAAAAAUCCCCGCACUUGGAAUUGUUUUGGUUGUCUUUGGGGUUCUUUUUUUCUUUUUUUCCCCUGAGGGAGAAUGUGGUUUGAAAGCUGCAGGAGGACAGAAUGGUGGUACCACAAACCCCAUAGCUGAGAGGGAUCUGGGUAGAAAUCCCACCUAAAUCUUUGCAGCUUCAGUGGGGGUUGUGUCAUACUUGAUGAUGUUCAGAGAUGUUGGGACCUAGCCUGGGCACUGUCUGAACAAACAGGGGGGUUCUGGUCAUGCUCAAGUGCCCUGUCGGCAUCUUGGCACCCGCCAAACCUGCUUUUCUCCCAUUAGAUGUUGGUCAUUUCCACGGAGGGCGAUGCUAAAGGGGCAGACUGAGGCUGAAUAUUCCAUUUAGUUGUGCAAGUAGGAACCCAUCUUUAAUGAUAAAAGUAAGUUGAGUGUAGCUGAGCACCAUCACCUCCCUCUGAAAUCCCACUUAGGAAUGCUGCGUGCAGCUGCACCGAGGUAAAAAGCAGCCUCUCUGAGCACCGAAGUCACGUUGUAGCCGAGCGUUUGGAGCACAGGGGCACUCCUUGCUAGAGUAACUGCUCACUCAAUGCUGUAGUCCGUAGGGUUUAGCCAUAUUUUAGUAUUAAUUCUAUGGUGCCUUAGUGCUGAGGUUUUGUCCCCUUUCUAUCGGUGUAUCUGUUCCUGUAGUCUCCCUAGACAAAUGUAUCUCCCUAAGUGGUUUUCUUUUUGUCUCUGGAAGUGGUUGGUAGGUUUUAAACAAGGGAAGGGAAAAACAAGCAGAGAAACUUAGACUGCUCAUUACUUGAACUUUAAUAUAUACACGAAGUAGAGUCAGUUCCCAUCUGAGAGGUGUUUGUUUAAGUGAGCUGAUUUUUUUACUUGGCGUUGUAUGUAGCUGAGUGCUGUGACAGAAGAUGACUUUUGUCUCCCUUCAACUGAGCACCCGAAACAAAAAGUAGAGUGGUUCUUCUGUUAAGACGUCACCUUUUCAUCCUGUGUGAGCUGUCUGUGUCAAUGUUUAUCAGUGUGGAAGUAGUUUGUGAAGUGUAAACUUGUUAGUAGAGGGCAUAGGAAGCUUGUAGAACGCUUAAGAAAACCCAGCAAUUGGUACUGUUCUUAAUCCCUGUGAUCACUUGCUGAGAAACUGAAGGUCUGUCGUUCCCCAGGCACAAGUACCUUUUAUUUGUUGUUGCUUUGCUUUCUUUCUCAUGUGCAGCUGACUCUAAAGUGUUCUCUUUUAUUCACUCGCCUGUGUACUUGAUUGAAGCAGCCUGACAAGAUGUAGCAUGGCAGAACCAGGAAGGUGAUGUGAUUUGUUGACACCGAAGGACAAUGUCAUAAGUUUUCCUUUUUAAUCCUUAAAGAGACUGACUGCUGGGGGGG